CCGCCAGGGGCCGCCGCCGCGCCUCAGGGCAGGCGGGAGCGGCGCUGAGGAGAGCCAAGAUGGCGGCCGCGCGGUGGCUCGGCGCGGCUGCGGGGCUGGGCUCCCGGUUCUGUCGUAUGAUGGUGAAAGAUCACAAUUUGACACCUCAACAGUGUUUCCACCAGCUUGUGCAGAAGAAACCCUUUCUUCCACCUGCAGUGUGGCAUAAUGCAGUAAGAGGGAUGUUUAUUCAAACUCAGGACACACCGAAUCCAAACAGUUUGAAGUUUAUUCCUGGGAAGGAAGUGCUGGGGUCAAGGACUAUGGAGUUUUCCAAUCCAGCUGCAGCAUUUUGCUCACCUUUAGCAAGACAGUUAUUCAGAAUUGAAGGAGUUAAAAGUGUUUUCUUUGGACCAGACUUCAUCACGAUCACCAAGGAUAGUGAAGACCUGGAUUGGAACUUACUCAAACCAGAUAUUUAUGCAACUAUAAUGGAUUUCUUUGCCUCUGGCUUACCUGUAGUCACUGACGAGGCACCUAGGGCAGAUACAGGUGCAUCAGAAGAUGAUGAUGAAGUUGUACUGAUGAUUAAAGAACUGCUGGAUACAAGAAUAAGGCCGACAGUGCAAGAAGAUGGUGGUGAUGUUAUUUAUAAAGGCUUUGAGGAUGGGAUUGUGCAGCUGAAGUUGCAGGGUUCAUGUACCAGCUGUCCCAGUUCCAUCAUCACCCUCAAGAACGGGAUACAGAACAUGCUCCAGUUCUACAUCCCUGAAGUAGAAGGCGUGGAACAGGUUGUUGACGACGAUGAUGACGUGGAGAAAGAAGCAAAUUCUACGUGAGCUGGCAUCCUCUGUGGCCAAAUACGUAGUUACCUCUUGGUGUACGUAAACUAUCCUUGUGCUGAGGAACAACCAAAUUUGCCUUCUGUUUCACUCUUAUAUCUGUGAAAAUGUAUCCUCAGUUUAAGCAAUUUGUCCACUAAGUUAUUAAAAGCCCUGCGUUCAAAAAAGAAA